AAAUGCUGCUCUUUUUUUUCCCUUUCCGGUCGUGGAGCCCCUUGUAAUUUUCGCGCUGAAAAGGGCAGAAUGAACCGUUAAUAGCGACGGCCGACGAGGUGUGUGAUUUUGUGAAUCCUCUCUGCCACCUAGAACGCUUCUUUCAAAAGCCGUUACAGGAUUUCGAACGGCCAUUUUCUGCAAUGCAUUAAACUCCAUCAUUCGGCAAUGUAAUACGUCGUAUAUCUUAAUUAAAUCUGCUGAAUUGUAGUGGAGAUUGGGAGAAGGUCCACGAUGGGUUUCAUAAGCACUAUAUUGGGGGUUUUUGGCUUUGGAUUUGGGAUCACUAUUGGCCUCUUGAUCGGAUACUUUCUGUUCAUUUACGUCCAACCCACCAAUGUCAUGGACCCUGAUAUACGACCUUUGGGAGAACAAGAUUCUGAUAGUCUUCAAAGACUUCUCCCAGAAAUACCGCAUUGGGUGAAAAAUCCGGAUUUUGACCGUCUUGAUUGGCUUAACAGAUUUAUUGAAAGCAUGUGGCCAUAUUUGGACAAGGCAAUUUGCAAGACAAUAAAGCAAAUAGCAGAUCCUAUAAUAGCUGAGCAAAUUCCUAAAUUCAAAAUUGAUUCAGUUGAAUUCCAAGAACUUACACUGGGAAGCCUGCCACCUACUUUUCAAGGAAUGAAGGUUUUUUCUACUGAUGAAAAGGAACUGAUAAUGGAAGUAGCCUUAAAGUGGGCUGGUAAUCCCAACAUCCUUGUGGUGGUCAAAGCAUUUGGGUUGAAAGUCACUACUCAGGUGCUUGACCUGCAAGUAUUUGCUUUGCCACGCAUUACACUGAAGCCACUGGUUCCAAGCUUUCCAUGUUUUGCAAAAAUUCUUGUAUCACUCAUGGAGAAGCCUCACAUUGACUUUGGACUAAAAUUGCUAGGAGCUGAUGCUAUGUCCAUUCCAGGCCUAUAUACAUUUGUGCAGGAAUUGGUAAAAGAACAGGUUGGUAACAUGUACAUGUGGCCAAAAACACUCGAGGUCCAAAUAAUGGAUCCUGCACAAGCGAUGCAGAGGCCAAUUGGAAUUCUUAACGUGAAGGUUGUGAGGGCAAUGAAGCUUAAGAAGAAAGACCUUUUGGGGGCUUCAGACCCAUAUGUCAAACUUAAACUCACUAAUGACAAACUCCCAUCAAAGAAAACAACUGUUAAGCACAAGAAUUUGAACCCAGAGUGGAAUGAGGAAUUCAGUCUUGUUGUUAAGGAUCCACAAUCUCAAUCUUUAGACGUAUCUGUCUAUGACUGGGAGCAGGUUGGUACACAUGACAAGAUGGGCAUAAAUAAUGUUCCUUUGAAAGAUCUUACACCAGACGAACCAAAACUUGUGACGCUUGAUCUUCUGAAAAGCCUUAAUCCAGAUGACCCUCAAAAUGAGAAAUCACGAGGGCAGAUAGUUCUUGAAGUGGCGUACAAACCGUUUUCAGAUGAGCAAAUGUCAAGCAGCGUUGAAGAUUCAUCGAAAGAGGUACAGGCAGCCCCUGAGGGAACACCGGAUGGUGGUGGCUUGCUUGUAGCCAUUGUUCAUGAAGCUCAAGACCUUGAGGGGAAGCACCACACUAAUCCGUCCGUCCGUAUGAUUUUCAAAGGAGAAGAGAAAAGAACCAAGGUUAUAAAGAAAAAUAGAGACCCGAGAUGGGAUGAGGAAUUCCAGUUCAUGCUGGACAAGCCGCCUACAAAUGACAGGAUGCAUAUUGAAGUUGUUAGUACCUCAUCAAGAAUGGGUCUGAGAUAUCCAAAGGAAUCUCUGGGAUAUGUGGACAUACCCCUGAUGGAUGUAGUUACCAACAAGAGAACUAAUGAGAGAUACCACCUGAUUGACUCCAAGAACGGAAAGCUUCAGGUUGAGUUACAAUGGAGAACUGCAUCUUGAUGAAUGAUAAUCAGGAAAUUUUGCCGAUCGGAGCGAGAAGAAGCAACGGCGAGGGUAUUGAAGGGCGCCGCAGAGCUUCGUUCGCACCUAGGCAGGAAGCAGGAUAUCGAGUUCUGGAACUCUGGAUAAUCUCGUAAGGUGCGAUCAUCCCUAGGGUUUGUCCCUACUCCCUAGUAGUUUGUACCGGCGUUGGUGGAGAGCCCCGGUGGUAGAGAUAGAGAAGACUAUCAACAAAUGUGCUAACCUGACUCUCAGGGGUUAAGAGGGUGAUCUGUGUCUGGAAGAGGAGGCUGUGGGCGAGGAAGAGACUCCAAACAGGUGUGUACUAUACGAGCGAAAUAAGACGAUGGGAGGUUGAUCCGUCCUCCUCUCGAACCGUCGCCCUGGAGGAAUUGUGUGACUAGGGUUUGGACGAUUAUUUCUAUUUCUGUUUUAUUUUGUUUGUGUUUUUACCUUGAACUACAUGUUGUUUUGUUUGUCUUGUACGCUUACUUUUGCCAGACUCUUGCAUUAGGUUGGGGCGAUGAGGGUUUACUCUAACCACGUUAGGCUCAUUUAAGAUGUGUUUAGAAGGAUUGUAAUUCCUUCCGGACCAGAUCAGACCAGACCAUACCAAUUUAGAGCAGACUAGACUUGGAUAGUUAUAAAAAUACAAAGAAACCAGACCAGACCAAUUCAGACCAGACCAGAUCAACAAAUUACAGUCCAAGUAAAAACAUCCUUAGACCAAUUACAGGAUUAGCGAGCCAUAUUGCUUUUUUCUGGGUGAUUGGCU